AUGAGUUUUAAAAUUAAGGAGGAAAUUAGAAGUGCCGGAGGUAAAUUGCUAAAAGUAAUACAUACUUCCAAGGCUACAGGGACACCAAUGGAUGUUAACCUGUAUUUACCAAAACAGUAUUAUGAUGGUUCCGGAAAGGGUAAAAUCCCUAGUUUGUACUUCUUAUCUGGUUUAACUUGUACCCCCAACAAUGCCUCUGAAAAGGCUUUUUGGCAGAGAGAAGCCGAUAAAUAUGGUUUUGCUAUGGUCUUCCCUGAUACGUCUCCAAGAGGACCUGAUGUUCCAACUGACCCACAAGGUGGAUGGGACUUUGGAGUAGGUGCUGGGUUUUACGUUAAUGCUACCCAACCACCUUACAAUACUAACUUUAACAUGUACCAAUAUGUUCAUUCUGAAUUACCAACAGCUUUAACUGAAUUCUUCAAUUCUGGCACAAGACCAACAGGUGUUGGAUCUGUCGACUUCUUGGAAAAUAUUUCGAUUACUGGACAUUCUAUGGGUGGUUUUGGUGCUGUUGCUGGAUUCUUAAAGAAUUUGAACAAAUACAAGUCCUGUUCUGCUUUUGCUCCAAUCAUUGAUCCAACUACUACUCCAUGGGGUAUUAAAGCAUUUACUGGGUAUUUGGGUGAGGAUAAAUCUGCAUGGAAGCAAUAUGAUCCAUGUGAAUUAAUAAACAAUGUUCCAUAUGUUCCAGGAAAAGAGAUUUUGAUCCAUUACGGUACCAAUGAUCAAUGGAAAGAACUAUACUUGAAACCUGAAAACUUCAUGAAACUAGUUCCUCAAAGUCCGUGGGCUAAGCACAUCAAUGUUAAAAUGGUUGAAGGGUUUGAUCAUUCCUAUUAUUUUGUGUCUACUUUUGUUCCAGAGCAUGCUGAAUUUCACGCCAAGCAUCUUGGGUUGAUCUAA